GCUCCGCGCUGCUCGGCGCUGCUCGGCGCUCUGCGCCCACAGGUACGAACCCCAAACAGGAGUCCCUGAAGCUGAAGCGAAAUUGGCUGUGCCUGUUGGCUCCAGAAGUACCUAUGGUGGGUCCAGCCUGAGAGGAUUAUGGCAGGAAAGGUGAAAUGGGUCACUGAUAUCGAGAAGUCAGUGCUGAUAAAUAACUUUGAAAAGAGAGGAUGGAUCCAAGUGACGGAAAAUGAAGAUUGGAACUUUUACUGGAUGAGUGUGCAAACCAUCCGAAACGUUUUUAGUGUCGAGACUGGCUAUCGGCUCUCAGACGAUCAAAUAGUCAACCAUUUUCCGAACCACUACGAACUGACCCGGAAGGACCUGAUGGUGAAGAAUAUUAAAAGAUACAGGAAGGAGCUGGAGAAGGAAGGGAGUCCUCUAGCAGAGAAAGACGAAAAUGGGAAAUACCUCUAUCUGGACUUUGUUCCGGUCACCUACAUGCUGCCCGCUGACUACAACCUGUUCGUGGAGGAGUUCAGGAAGAGCCCCUCCAGCACCUGGAUCAUGAAACCUUGUGGCAAAGCCCAGGGGAAGGGCAUCUUUCUGAUCAACAAGCUCUCACAGAUCAAAAAGUGGUCCCGGGACAGCAAAACUUCUUCGUUUGUGACACAGUCUACUAAGGAAGCCUACGUGAUCUCUCUCUACAUUAACAACCCGCUGCUCAUCGGCGGGAGGAAGUUUGACCUGCGCCUGUACGUUCUGGUGUCCACGUACCGCCCACUGCGCUGUUACAUGUAUAAGCUCGGGUUUUGCCGCUUCUGCACAGUGAAGUACACCCCGAGCACCAGCGAGCUGGACAACAUGUUCGUUCACCUUACCAACGUGGCCAUUCAGAAACAUGGGGAAGACUACAACCACAUCCACGGGGGCAAGUGGACCGUGAGCAACCUGCGGCUCUACCUGGAGAGCACCCGAGGCAAGGAGGUGACCGGCAAGCUGUUUGACGAGAUCCACUGGAUCAUCGUGCAGUCGCUGAAGGCCGUGGCGGUGAGUGCCUGGCGGGGGGCGGAGCUGGGCUGGGGCCUAGGCCGGGGCAGUUUCGGGGAGGUAGUGGGGCCGGCUUCCAGCUGGGUGCUGCCCAGGGCGUGCCAGGUGAAUGCGUCCCCGUCUCUCACUUCCAGCACUGCCAACGACCGAAUCCUUAAGUAUAACCUGAUCAACGACACCCUCAAUAUUGCAGUCCCUAAUGGCGAGAUUCCAGACUGUAAAUGGAACAAGUCACCCCCGAAGGAAGUUCUCGGCAAUUACGAAAUUCUCUAUGAUGAAGAGCUGGCGCAGGGUGAUGGGGCAGACCUGAGAAGUCGACAGGGCCAGUCACUGGGGCCCAAAGGGGGCCGAUCGCGAGACUCGGGGAGAACUGUCCUCACAACCUGGAAGUGAGCACCAGUAGGCGCAAAAGACUGCAACCUGGACCCUGCCAGAUACUCACUGCACCUGGGCCUAUUUUGAAAUUUCCUUUUUUUUAGAGCUUUUUUCCCCUUUCCUAAGCCCUGUAAAUAAAUAAAGGCAUUUCU